AUGACUACCGGCCGCAAUGCCAUAUGCGCAGCGGUAACUGCAGCGCCCCCGAAAAGCCGGGUGGUCCCGGGUGGCAACGAGCGCGUGCUCUCCUUUCGUUGGGGCGCCCACAGCGCGGGCGAGCGGGCUGUCUGGACUCUCCCCUCGCUCCAGGUCCGCUCGAUUCCAGCCCAACUCCUGCGAAGUAACUUCCGAUUGCCUCUCCGAGCCUUUUGCGGCAAACGGCUCUACGGUGAUCCAGCUUUCCGACUCCCCACACACCGAACCAACUCACAGUUGCCCCAUCGAACACCGCCCAGGAUGUCUCAGCAGGAUUGGGCCAACGGACCUUCUGUCACAGAUCAAUCCACUAACACACACGACCCUGAACAAUACAACCCUCCCGGACGAGAAGGCCGAUCGGCUAGCCCGGCUCGAACUGGGAACAUGGAAAGGAGCCGCAGCCCCUUGGGCGACCGGAUUGGCCCCGCUAACGGCUCUCAAACCACCGAUCGCGGACGCUCUUCGGAUGUUGCUAACCCUGGAAACAACAUACAUGUCUCUGGAAUCAGUCUCAAAGCAGACGAUCCAGAUCUGGAGGAUCUGUUUUCGAAGUAUGGUACCGUUACCAAGUCCCAACUGAUGCGCGACCCGCAUACUCGAGAGAUCCGCGGCUUUGGAUUCGUGACGAUGGAAACCAGUGAACAGGCAGACAUAGCAAUCAGCUCGUUGCACGGAACCGAAUUCCUGGGCAAGACACUCACUGUCGAAAAAGCCCGGCGGGCCCGGGGAAGGACACCCACUCCCGGGCAGUACCGUGGGCCAGCCAAGCGCGAUGACCCUCAUCGAUCUUACGAGCCUCGCGGGGGGUACCCUUACCGCUAUGAUCCCUACGACCGGCGAUACGACGACCGACUCAGGAGGGACUACGAUGACGGUCGGUACCCGAUCCGUCGCGAUUAUGAAGACCGGAGGUACCGGUACGAUGAUCGUGUGCCCAGCUAUGAUCGCUACGGCUAUGCCGGCCCGAUGAGAGAUCAUGACCGAUUUGACCGUCGCCGAGAUGACCGCGAUUAUGACCGGCGUCGUUACUGA